CUGUGCAGACUCUCUCUCCCCAUCCUUCAUUGCCUGCCACUCUCCUGUCGUUCCCCUUCGUCUACCACCUUCUCCUGGGAAGCUGGGAAUCAACUGGAAACUCUUACUCACAAGCUGCUAAGUUCAGGAUACAGCCAUGGCCGAGCGCACUGUCCCUCACGCUUACCCGAUGAGCAUGGAGUAUGAGAUGAGCAACCCCAGCCGGAUGUAUGAUCAGAACUUUGCUGAGGCCCUGACUCCUCAGGAUCUUCUUACACCAGUGCUGUAUCAUGGUUACUACAUCCGCCCGCGCAUCAAUAAACAGCUCGAGCGGGGCUUCUCGCAUGUGGACUGUGAGGACGACUGGUAUCGUGUGCUGCUGGACGUCUGCCAAUUCACGCCGGACGAGCUGAACGUGCGCACGGUGGACAACCUGCUGGAGGUCAGCGGGCGUCACUCGCAGCGGGUCGACCAGCACGGAUUCGUCAGCAGGGAGUUCACGCGCACUUAUAUACUUCCCAUGGGAGUAGACCCACUGCUUGUGCAAGUGUCACUUUCGCACGAUGGCAUUCUGUGCAUUGAGGCACCACGAAAAACAGAUGGCAUCGAACCUGUGGUCAACCAGAUCCAGAUAAAAAAGGACAAGAAAGGAACCAAGAGUUCCUAAUGUGGAUAGGACUUGUUCAUGUUCAUUUUUGUCUCACUUUAAUUAUAAUGGCAAGGAAGAUUGGUGAAAUAGGCCAUCAGAAAAGGGGGUUAAGAUAACUGUUUUCAAUUCAGUUAAAUUAAAUUCAGCUGACAUGUCAAUGUCAAUGUCAAAUGCCAUGUCAAACAGACAUAUCCUUUCUUUUUUUUACACUGGAUUAUCUCUGCUUAUGUAUGAGAUGUUUGAUUAAAAUCUCUCCAUGUUUUAUUUUGAA